GUCACCGGCGAAGGAACCCCUUUCUCUCUCUAGUCACUCCAUUCUCUCUCUAAAACGCACAAACCAAACGGACAUACACAUAUUUCAUCCAUUAUCGAUCAUUUGUCAACCAUAUACUCAUUAGAACUUGGGAGUUUUGAGUGACACUGGGUCCCAUUUGUUGGCGAGUAGUUUUCCCCGUCGAUUUUUGCCGGAAAGUAUCCAUUCAGUAGAAGAAUGAGUUUUCAGAUCCUGCGGAAUAUGUUUCAGGGACAGCAGGGCAGAGUUGGGGAAGUCGAGCUUGGAGCAUUCUACAUGAAGUCUCAUGGAACUACGGUGGCUAGAAUUCACAUGCAUGACUGGCUUAUAUUGAUUCUGCUUUUAAUCAUUGAGAUUGUCCUAAACAUCAUACACCCAUUCUAUCGCUUCGUGGGAAAGGAUAUGAUGACAGACCUUAGAUAUCCAAUGAAGGAAAACACUGUUCCUGUGUGGGCCGUUCCACUUUAUGCGGUGUUGUUGCCUAUAGUUGUUUUUAUCUUCAUCUAUUUCAAGAGAAGAGAUGUAUAUGAUCUGCACCAUGCCGUUUUAGGUCUCUUAUUUGCUGUACUUAUAACGGGUGUCCUGACAGAUGCCAUAAAAGAUGCCACUGGAAGGCCUAGACCUGAUUUCUUUUGGCGUUGCUUUCCUGAUGGACUUGAUGAGUAUGAUCGGUGGGGCAAUGUUAAAUGUCAUGGUGAAGAAGGUGAUAUAAGAGAAGGUCAUAAGAGCUUCCCAAGCGGUCAUUCGUCAUGGUCCUUUGCAGGCCUAGGGUUUUUGGCACUGUACUUAGCUGGAAAAAUCAAAGCAUUUGAUCGUCGGGGUCAUGUGGCGAAAUUAUGCAUCGUUUUCCUUCCACUCCUUAUGGCAUCUCUUGUAGCCGUUUCUCGAGUGGAUGAUUAUUGGCACCAUUGGCAAGAUGUAUUUGCUGGUGGUCUUUUAGGUCUCACUGUUGCCACAUUUUGCUAUCUGCAGUUUUUUCCAGCCCCAUAUCAUUCUGAAGGGUGGGGUCCAUAUGCUUAUUUUCGAGCUUUAGAAGAGACCCGUUCUAAUAGAAGAGUAGAUGAUCGUGUAGAUGAAGUCGGUACACAUGCUAUGGAGAUUCCAGAUUUAAACCAACAAUCCGGGCAGAACCGGACUGGGAUCGGGCUGGUUUCUUCGGUGGAUAACCAGCCUAAUUCCUUGCAAACUGAUGUAGAAUCUGGAAAACUUUGAAGUUGCCUGAAAAUCUGAUAAUUUUUAGAGGUUAUUAUGAAGUUGUCUGUUUGUGUAUAUAUUACUUGAUACUUGUAGCUGAAGAGAAACCUAAAGGAUCUGUAAAUAUUUUGCUUGGAUAUGGAAGAGGUUUUAAACCAUUUUGACUCUUUUUAUAUCUUGAAUUAACAACGACUUUCUGAUCAUAUUUUUUUUCUAUUAAAACUAUAUAUUCAAUUAAACAUUACCAAGAACAACCCCCACUAUGUCUUUUAACUUUAAUGCCUAGUAUAGCAUCAACUUCAUUUAAAUCUUAGCCAAAAAUUCUUUAGUUU